GCUGGCCCCGCCCACAGGCCCCGCCCGCCGUUGCCCCGGGAACCGCUCAUCCCGCAUCUGCAGGAGGCGCCCGGCCGGACCGAGCUGUAUUCUCGCCGCUAGCAGAGCCGCCAGCGCCGCCGCCGCCGCAGCUCCCGCUCCCUCGCCCUCUCCGUCGGCCAUGCCGCCCCGCCGCACCCCGGCACCCGCCCUGCUGCUUCUGCUGCUACUCGGCGCGGGGCCCCGCAGCGGCUGCCUGGGCAGCCCGGUGCCCGCUGCGCCCCUGCCCGUGCCGGGGCCAUGCAGCGCGCAGCCCUGCCAGAACGGGGGUGUGUGCUCCCAGCUCCCUGCGCCCGACCCUCAGUCCCCGGCCGCCGCCGGCGAGCCCAGCUACAGCUGCACCUGCCCCGCUGGGGUCUCUGGCACCAACUGCCAGCUUGUUGCGGAUCCUUGCGCCAGCCACCCCUGUCACCAUGGCAACUGCAGCAGCAGCGGCAGCGGCGAUGGCUACCUCUGCAUUUGCAAUGAAGGCUACGAAGGUCCAAACUGUGAACAGGCACUUUCCAGCGUCCCCGCCUCUGGCUGGACCGAGUCCACAGCACCCAGGCAGCUUCAGCCUGUCCCUGCCACCCAGGAGCCCGAGAUAAUGCUCCCACGCUCUCAGGCAACCAUCACCCUGCCGACGUGGCAGCCGAAAACGGGCCAGAAAGUUGUAGAAAUGAAAUGGGAUCAAGUGGAGGUGGUUCCAGACAUUGCCUGUGGGAAUGCCAGUGCCAACAGCUCUGCAGGGGGCCGUCUGGUAUCCUUUGAAGUCCCACAGAACACCUCGGUCAAAAUUCGGCAAGACGCCACUGCCUCGCUGAUUUUGCUGUGGAAGGUCACGGCGACGGGAUUUCAGCAGUGCUCCCUCAUCGAUGGGCGGAGCGUAACCCUCCUCCAGGCUCCUGGGGGCCUUGUUCUCUUGGAGGAGAUGCUUGCCCUGGGGCAGAAUCACUUCAUUGGUUUUGUGAAUGAUUCUGUUACUAAAUCCAUCGUGGCAUUGCGGUUGACUCUGGUGGUGAAGACCAGCACCUGUGUGCUGGGUGAGAGCCAUGCAAACGGCCUGGAGUGCUCCGGGAGAGGAAGGUGCUCCACGAAGCCGUCAGAGGCAACAUUUUCCUGUAACUGUGAUGAUCAAUACACGGGUACUUUCUGUGAAGAGUUUGAUGCCUGCCAGAAGAAACCCUGCCAGAACAAUGCCAGCUGUGUUGAUGCAAAGGAAAAGCAAGAUGGUGGCAACUUCACCUGUGUCUGCCUUGCUGGUUAUACUGGAGAGCUCUGCCAAUCCAAGAUUGACUACUGUAUCCUAGAGCCAUGCAGAAAUGGAGCAACAUGCAUUUCUAAUCUCAGUGGAUUUACCUGCCAGUGUCUGGAAGGCUACCUGGGCUCCACCUGCGAGGAGAAGGUGGACCCGUGCGCCUCGGCGCCCUGCCAGAACAACGGGACCUGCUACGCCGAUGGGCUGCACUUCGGCUGCAGCUGCAGCGCAGGCUUUACGGGCCCAGCGUGCGCGCAGCUUGUGGACUUCUGUGCGCUCAGCCCCUGUGCCCACGGCACGUGCCGCAGUGUGGGCACCAGCUACAAGUGCCUCUGUGACCCAGGCUAUCAUGGCCUCUACUGUGAGGAGGAAUACGACGAGUGUCUCUCCGCCCCGUGCCUGAAUGCUGCCACCUGCAGGGACCUCGUCAACGGCUACGAGUGCGUGUGCCUGGCAGAGUACAAAGGAAUCCACUGUGAAUCCUACAAGGACCCAUGCGCUAAUGUCAGCUGUCUGAACGGAGGCACCUGUGACAGCGAAGGUCUCAAUGGCACGUGUGUCUGCGCACCAGGAUUUACAGGGGAAGAGUGUGACAUCGAUAUCAAUGAAUGUGACAGUAACCCCUGCCAUCACGCCGGCACCUGCCUGGACCAGCCCAAUGGUUACACCUGCCACUGCCCACAUGGCUGGGUGGGAGCAAACUGUGAAAUCCACCUCCAGUGGAAGUCUGGACAUAUGGCGGAGAGUCUAACCAACAUGCCUCGGCACUCCCUCUACAUCAUCAUCGGCGCCCUCUGUGUCGCCUUCAUCCUGAUGCUCAUCAUCUUGAUUGUGGGGAUCUGCCGCAUCAGCCGCAUUGAGUACCAGGGCUCGGCCCGGCCAGCUUACGAGGAGUUCUACAACUGCCGCAGCAUCGACAGCGAGUUCAGCAACGCCAUCGCCUCCAUCCGGCAUGCCAGGUUUGGAAAGAAAUCCCGGCCUGCGAUGUAUGACGUGACCCCCAUCGCCUAUGAGGAUUACAGCCCUGAUGACAAGCCCUUGGUCACACUGAUUAAAACAAAAGAUUUGUAAUCUUUUUGGGGGAUUAUUUUUCCAAAAGAUGGGCUACUACAUUCGUUUAAAUAUUUUUAAGAAAAGGAAAAUCUUAAGAAAUUUAAGACGUUAGCUGCUCAAAAGUUUUCAGUAGACUAUUUAAGAACUAAUUUUCUGCAGCUUUUAGUUUGAAAAAAAUAUUUUAAAAAUGGAAUUUGUGAAAUCCGUAGGCUACGUUUUCAUGUACUUUCUGCUCUCUAAAUGGUAGGCUUCGACUAGUGUGUGGACCUUCCACAGUAGAUAUUCUCAUGAACCAGAUUGAUUUCAGCACUGGUUACAGAGUAAGUCUAAUCAAGGACAAGUUUGUAUUUGACGUGUGAGUGCUGACUUUUUGAGUAGAGUUAGGAAACACUUGUAGUAUGAACUAUAAUACAGUAUACCCAUUAACUUAAAAAGAAGUCUGAAAUGUUUGUUCUGUGAAAAACUAGUUAAAUGUACUAUUCCUAACCCGAAUGAAAUUAGCCUUUGCCUUAUUCUGUGCAUGGGUAAGUAACUUAUUUCUGCACUGUUAUGUUGAACCUUGCGGAAACCGGAAACAUUCUCUUGAGUUUGUUGGUUUUCCUGUCGUUUUCGUACCAGUCAUCAAGCUAGGCCUUGAAAACAUACAUGAUGACAGGGUCUAGUGAGGCAAACUGUGAUCGAAUUGAAUCUGUAUUUUCCUCUACAAGUCAAGGUGUUUGUAUUGUGAGUAAAUUCAAUUUAUGUUGGAGUUGUUCCUUGCUAAGAGGUAGUAACUGUAAGAGCGUACCGAUUCCUUCAGUAGUGAGUAUAUCUCAUAGUGCAUCUUUAUUUAUAUCCAGGACAUUUUUGUGGCUGUAUUUGAUUGAUAUGUGCUUCUUCUGAUUCUUGCUAAUUUCAAAGAAUAUUGAAUAAAUGUUACCAAGUCAAGGAC